UCGUUCUCCACUAACCGAUGUUUCAUAUUUUUUUGGGCGAAUCAAAUCUAUGAAACGUUCCGAGGGGAAGUUUUCGUUUUGUUCCACGGACUCUUCCCAAGCUCUUCCAAGAAGACGGGUCGACGCCAUGGCCUUCUUGGCUAUAUAACUUGGCGAUAAUUCCGGGAAUCUCUUCCUGGAUAUAAACGUCCUCAAAAAAUGUAGUCAAAUAACAGACGAUUCCUGCCUAGUAUGCUCUUGUAGCUUGGCUAUGACAUGUCGAGUCAUUUUCUGAUAUAUCGACCCGUGAUGUGGCAAUGUUGUACAUAUAUCCCCCUUCUCACCAAUGUCUUUCCUUUUUCCUUUCCACCUUCUCCAUGUCGGCAUAUCAGACCGCUGACUUUCUUUUUCGAGCUGGCAUUCUUUCUUUUUUCGUCUAUCUCCAGCAUAUAAUUCACUUUCCCGGAGUCGCCUCAUUUAUUUCUUGUCGCCUCCAUUUAUUCCGUGUACAUUUUUCAGAAACGAUUUUGUAAUUUUUUUAACAACCAAGAUGAAGUCAUUAUUCUUAGCCAUAACCACGGGUUUAUCACUCAGUGGUAUGGCCUUUGCGUUUCCGUUGGAAGGAACAGAUUCUCAAGAUCCUGGCUUUCUAGCCUUUCUUUCUAAACGAGCCAUAACAAGUCCAGACAACACCUGUGGAAAUUCAUUUGCAGGAGCUAACAAAAGCUAUUUUUGUGAUGCCACUUCAAACACAGGAGGAUGCUGUUCAGCAUAUGGGUAUUGUGGUAACACAACAGGUGUGUCUCAAAUUCCCAUCAUGAAUAUGCACAAUGAUGUGUACUGAUUUGUGCCGUAUAGACUACUGCGGAACUGGAUGCCAAUCAGCAUUUGGUACUUGUUCAGGCGCAACAGUUCAACCAUCGGAUAGCUCGUUCGUAUGCGGAGCCAGCAAUGCAGGGAUUUCCUGCACUGGAGGACUCUGCUGUUCUGGACCAGGAUAUUGCGGGAACACAACCGAUUAUUGCGAUAUAGGGUGUCAGUCUAAAUAUGGAGCUUGUACUGCAGGUGCUAGCGAGCCGACCACAGGGGGAACCUGUGGUCCAAAUUUUGGUGGUGCAACUUGUGGAGGAAAUCAAUGCUGUAGUGGUGAGUACCGAAGGCCGGGUGACACUAGUAUUCUUACUAAUUUGCUCAAAGUUUCUGGAUACUGCGGAACCACCCAGGACUAUUGUGCUGACCCGGGAAGUUGCUUACUUGGAUAUGGAAGGUGCGACUCGGAUGCGACGCCUGCUGGUGUAUCAACUCUCGAUGCUGCAAGACCAUUAUUGGGGCCUAUCACCUACAAGGAUGACAUCUAUGACUGUGUGCAAACAGGUGUGGUGGCUCUGACCUACGAUGAUGGUCCAUACAACUACACAUCCGAUCUGCUGGAUAUUUUGAAGUCAUAUGGCUACCAAGCGACAUUCUUUAUCACGGGCAACAAUAAUGGAAAAGGGGAAAUCGAUAUCACUGCCCCAUAUCCUUCUUUGAUCCAACGUAUGAUUGCCGAGGGUCAUCAAGUUGCAUCUCAUACUUGGAGUCAUUACUCUCUUUCGAACAUUUCCCACGGCCUUCGAAUGCAGCAGAUGGUCAAGAAUGAGAUGGCAUUUAACAACAUCAUUGGAAAAUGGCCAACCUACAUGAGACCCCCUUAUUCUGAUUGCACUGAAGCGUCAGGAUGCUGGGCAGAUAUGCAGACUCUGGGAUACCACAGAGUCUAUUUCGAUUUGGACACUCAAGAUUAUUUGAAUCCUUUACCAUCACAAAUUCAGAACUCCAAGAACAUUGUGCGAAAGGCACUUGCUUCAACAACCGUUGUAGACUACUUAUCUAUUCAACACGAUAUUGUACAGCAAUCUGUAGGGAACCUUUCCAGCUACUAUUUCGAUCAAAUCAAGGCCAAAGGAUGGAAGGGCGUCACAGUAGGGGACUGCCUGGGAGACACUGAUAGGACCAAUUGGUAUCGCUCUCUCAACACUAAAUCCACCUCAACGACGCCAGGUUCUAUCGCGACAACCAGUGUCAAAGCUUCUGCCGUAUCCGCCACUACUACUUCUUCCUCGACUGGAACACAAAAGCCUCCGGGAGCAACCUUGAAAUCAUCCACAAGCUCUGCAGAAACCUCAACAAGCUCCCUAAAGGGUUCAACUACGGGGAAGCAACCGACUUCUGCGGUUGCAGCGACACCAACAAAAUCUUCAACGCCAGCCGCAACAUGCGCUGUGUCAGCAGGAAAUUGGUGUGGCAAGAUUUCACCUUUCACCAAUAUGCUUACAUGCCAAAAAUCGGCAGCUGCCUGCUAUUCAGACACCUUGAAAUGUGCCACGACUGCUGGAUGGAAGAACUUGAAGACAUGUAGUACUUUUACCACAAUUUGCGAAAAGCUGACGCUUUAUUGUUUAAAAUGUGUGAAAUCUAGCUGCUCGAACGCCGCAUUUGGAUAUUGAUUUGAAGCAAGUUGUGCUGCCUAAUGGAUGACGGACGCGAUAAAAUAGCAAAGUAGGAAGGAUGAGAUCGUAAAUUUGGACAUAUUUGCUAUGGCUCCUUAUAGGAGUUUGAGGUCUAAAUUACCUGAAAUGUCGUAGCGUUGAUGGCACUGAUGGAGAUGUUUCCAAUAAACUCUUAAUUCAUGCAGUCGGUUUUAAACACGGUCAUUCAAAAAAUGCUGCUUCCUACGCAGGGUGUUCAAUAGUCUAUACUGCA